AUGGUGGGAAAUCACUCUGGAGUCAUCAGAUUUUAUCUUGAAGGCUUUUCGGGCUCUCCCGAGUUCCGCCACACACUCUUUGCCAUAUUCUUCUUUUCCUUCUUUGUAACUUUAAUGGGAAAUGUGGUAAUCAUUGUCAUUGUCUGUGCUGAUCACCGACUACACUCUCCCAUGUAUUUCUUCCUUGGUCACCUUUCUGUCUUGGACAUCUUGAUUACCUCCACUAUCAUUCCUCCCAUGCUAGGGGGAUUGUUAAUGUCUGAAAUCCUGACCAUGUCUUUUUCAGCCUGUGUCACUCAACUCUUCUUGUAUCUCUCUUUGGGGACAACCGAAUUUGUAUUACUUGGAGCAAUGGCAGUAGAUCGUUAUGUAGCAGUCUGUCACCCCCUGAGAUAUGACAUCAUCAUGAACAGUCAAGUUUGUCUCUGGGUGGUGAUUUUGUCUUGGGUGUUUGGGUUUCUUUUUGAAAUCUGGCCAGUCUAUGCUACUUUUCAACUCUCCUUCUGCAGAUCAACUCUUGUGAACCAUUUCUUCUGUGAGAGAGGCCUAUUGCUCAAGCUUUCCUGUGAUGACACAAUUUUCCUAGAGUUUAUUCUCUUUUUGCUGGCCAUUGUUAUUCUCUUUGGUUCUUUGCUUCCCACUGUUAUCUCCUAUACCUAUAUAAUCUCCACCAUCCUAAAGAUCCCUUCUGCCUCUGGCCGGAGAAAAGCCUUCUCCACUUGUGCCUCUCACUUCACCUUUGUGGUAAUUGGUUAUGGCACCUGCUUAUUUCUUUAUGUAAAGCCCAAGCAGACCCAGGCAGCUGAAUAUAACAAAGUUGUCUCCUUGAUGAUUUCAGUGGUAACCCCAUUACUGACACCCUUUAUCUUCACUCUACGGAAUGAUAAAGUCAAAGAAGUCCUCAGAGAUGGGAUGCAACACUGCUGUCAUCUGUUUAAGGCUCAGCAGGAGUGUAAUACAAGGCUCAGGGAAAGAAGUCAUCAUCAGAUUGGAGGCAUGGUGACUACGGGCUAA